AUGCUUGUAUGCUUUAAAAAAAGUAUUAAAAGUUUCGCUAAAUACGGUUUUAAAAGCGUUAAGCGUAAAUUUAAUACGCAAAGUUUAACGAAACGUUUGUAUUUCCGCUUUGGAAACGUAUUUAGCGAUAUAAUUAAGCAUAUUUUUAAGCGAAAUGCAAAGGUUUGCAUCCGUAUUGGCCGUUUACGCCAAAGUUACGCCGCGUAUAUAUUAAUUUAUACGCUCGUUGUUGGGGCGGGCACCGUUGAAAAGGAUUUAAAGGUAAGCUACAAAUCGUUAAAUUUAAAGUUAAUAUCGUACUUUAAAGGAUUGUCCUCGUUAAGCGGUAAAAUACGGCCAAGCUUUAUAUUUUCGGCGGUAACGUGCAUGCUUUAA